GAAGCCACUUUAGGUUUUCUAGUGCACGCCGUGGUACCAAUAUUUUUUGGUCGGAAGUCAAAAUCGCCAGCGACUGAGAGGAAAACUGUUCGGAGAUCUCCACACAUUCGACCCAAUAGUUUCUGGGAACCAAAAUCUAUCAGGAUCGUUCAACUUCAAGGUAUAUCAGAAGUAAAAUGACGAAGCAAGCUGCUACCGCCGAGAAACAAAUGAUGGACCGCCAAGCAGUUAUUGCUCUGCCUAUUGCUGUUAUUUUUACAAUUGCUGCAAUGCAUCCUUCCUUAAAAGUAUGCUCCUCCAAAGAUGUUGGGCAGUGUUCUUUUUCUGUAUUCAGUGGAUUCCUGUUAACUGCUGCCAUGAUUUGCCAUGUUUAUCUCCUUACACGCCUCUCAAAUAAGGUGUUGACACUGCCACUUAUCACCUUCUACUGUCUUUGGUUUUGGGUUUAUGUAGGACACUUAACCAAAGAUGUUCAGCAGCUUCGGUGUCCUUUUACCAGCUUCGUCAUGUCUAAACCUCUGGCUUUGGGCAUGGCCAGCGCUAUUUUUCUCCUUCUGCUCCGCCCAUCUAGGAUCACAGCCCCUUGUACCGUUCUGUGUUGUAUUUGGCUUUUAGUUUAUUUAGUACUUUAGAUUCAGUUACUGUUAUUGGUAUGUCUAUGUUCUGUUAUGUCUCUGUGUGUGGUUUUAUUGUAAUGUGUGGCACUACUUGACUGCCAAUAUAUCUAGUUUUAUUUG